GGAUAUUUUAAUAUGAUGAAUAUUCUAGGUGAAGAACAUGUCUGGUGCAGCAGCGAUGUUCGUGUUCUUAUUGCCGGGGAUUCCAAUGUCCAUCGUUUGAAGUCUGCAUGUCCUCCAAAUGCAAGGAUUGACUUUCUGCCCGUAUCUGGUGCAAAGUAUGUGUCUGACCGGAAGGGCUUUAGAAAGCUGCUGCAUCAAGAGCUGAUGUCAGGUUGUUACGACAUAUUGUACCUGCAUCUUGACUCUAACGAUGUUUGCUGCAAGGAUAGCAAUUUCUACCGUUGUGUGACUGAGAUCCUUGAUGUUGUAUUCAGUGUGUGCACUGAAAUACACGUGGUGCUUUGCGUGAUUCUUCCACGUGAUUUUGAUGUGAGAAUGUUUCCCCGAUGGCCACUCUCAGGGGCACAGUUGAGGAACUACUGCCAGUGGAUAAGGAGCGCAAACAGCAUGCUGUGGGAACUGAGUCACCAUGUGCCUUCUGUGAGAUACAUGGACUAUGCAGCAACUAAACAGAAGUCCCUGUACUUGUCCCAUGAUGGACUACAUCUGAGUGCUGAAGGGGCUAGGAGGUGUUUAGCAUCCAUACAUGACGACCUGCCAAACCAGCUGUGUGUGGAGGCUGCUGUUCAAGAUCCUACAGAAUGGCCAGCUCUCUCAGCCACGGAAGUACCGGUUCAGGAGCAUGACAGCACCAUAGCACUCUUUUCGGAUAUUGUGCAGACUGGAGCUCAACCAGAGAUUCAAGACAAGGUGGAUGCAAGUGAAGUACCAGUUCCCAGGGACAUUAAGCCUCAGACACAUAAAAUAACGGUAACUUUUCUAUGCAUUUAAUCGUACAGAUAUUUCAUCAUUCUUAAUGAACAUUUAUAAAGU